AUGAGCUUCAAUCUCCCUCUUCGGCCGAGCUCCAGCAGUACACGGAAUCAGGCGAGCCGGAGCAGCUACUUCACAAACUUCACGCCCAAUUCCUCCACCGAAGCCGUCAACGGCCCUCCUCAGCGCCAAACACAACCAACUCGGGAACUAUUCGGCACCACCGAUCGACUCAUCGUCGGUGUCGAUUUUGGAACCACGUUUUCAGGUGUCGCCGCCGUCUACACCUCAACACCAGACGAUGUCGAAAUCAUCAAGACAUGGCCCGGCGGCAACGGCAUCACUUCGGACAAGGUGCCAACCGAGAUCGGCUAUGACUUUCCGCAGAACGCUCCAGAGGGCACAAAACCCACGGUGAAAUGGGGUUUCCAGUUCAAGCCCGAAGAGUCGAGGCUUCGGUGUAUCAAGCUGUUCUUAGACCGCUCACAGAAGCUUCCCUUCUACGUAAGCCCGCUGGAAACAGCGGCUCAGCUAAAACGCUAUAACAAGAAUGUCCUGGACGCCGUGAGCGACUACCUCACCCAAAUCUACAAGCACACCAUGGACACCCUGACCCGGAGGUACGGCGAGUCCUUCAUGACGUCUACGAAAGUCGAGUUCGUUUUGACCUGUCCGGCUGUAUGGUCAGACGCCGCAAAGAACACAACGCUUCAGGCGGCUGAACGCGCGGGUAUGGGGUCCAUGUCGGAGAUCCAGAUGAUUAGCGAGCCCGAAGCUGCGGCUGUCUACACGUUGAAGGCGAUUCAACCGAACCAUCUGAAUGUUGGUGACAACUUCAUUGUCUGUGAUGCCGGUGGUGGAACUGUCGAUCUCAUCGCGUACAAAAUUAUCUCACUUAAACCGCUGAAAGUCGAGGAGUCUGCCGUGGGAACCGGGGGCUUGUGCGGAAGCGCAUUCUUAAACUACAGAUUCGAAGAGCAUGUGAAGAACAAGUUAGGCACCACCCGAUUUGACGAGAUGAUGCACAAGAAACAAAAGACAUGGCAGAUGGGCCUCAGGUAUUUUGAGGAGUUUGUAAAACGAAACUUCAACGAAGAUGAACACCAGGAGGUUAACGUACCUUUCCCCGGUUUGCCAGACGACGAAGAGGCUGGUUUGGACUGCGGUUUCAUGAUCAUGACUGCUGCCGAAAUCAAGGAAAUCUUCGAGCCUGUUGUUAAGGAAGUUUGCGACUUGGUCCAGGGCCAAGUUGAUGGCAUCCGACAGGGUGGCGGUAUUGUGUCUGGGAUCGUGCUGGUCGGAGGGUUCGGUCAAAGCGACUACCUCUACCGCAGGCUGAAGUCACACUUCAACAGUGCCGCGCCCCCACCAUACACAGAAAGACCGACUCACGGCGCCUUGACCUCGAUGCAAGAGACUGCUUCGAUCGAGGUGAUGCAACCUGUGUAUGCCUGGACUGCCGUCGUGCGUGGAGCGGUUCUGAGGGGCCUCGAAGGAAAUAUGGUGAUAUCCAGAAAGGCACGGUACCACUACGGCACAUCAUAUGCUACCGUGUAUGACGAGGAGAAACACUCGGUCAGCGAGCGGUACUGGUCGCCGUUAUGGGAGCGUUGGAUGGUGUCGGACCGCAUGCAGUGGCACAUUGCAAAGGGAGAGGCAAUCUCACCUCUGGAACCCAUCUCAUUCCACUACACUCGAAACUUCCGGCCCGGUCAGUCAUUGACGGUGACGGACGAUCUUAUUGCUUGCGAAGCUGAUGACCCGCCGUCGGCGUACACUCGCGAUCUCAUCCACGUGUGUACACUCACAACGGACCUCGCGGCGGUCCCGAGGAGCCUGUUUACACGGUUGACAACAACACGAGGAGUAGAGUUCGACAAUCUCGAUUUCACACUGGAGAUGAUUGUCGACAGCGCUGGUCUGGGAUUCGAGCUGAAGGUGGAUGGUGUCAGGUACGGCCGCGUCGAUGCCGAAUUCCACUAA